GUUUUGUAAAUAGGCACUUUGAAAAAUAUGGUAUUGCACUAUUUUACUUGACAAUACUUUCACCUUCAGGAAAUGAUGGAAUUGGAAGCAAGACGUGAACGUGUUAGACAGAAUGUUGCUCUUCUCAAGAAAGAGGAGCAAGAAAGGAUAGCCAAAGAAGGAAGUAAAGGCAAACGUAUCAGCACUGGUAAAGCCAGUGGUCCAGAUUUGAAAAGUUUUAUUCAACAAUUUCCAGUUCCUUCAGAAGGUAAUGACGUUGAAGAAUCACCUAGCACUACCGGUGGCUUAAGGAAUCCUCGAGAGAGUUUAGCAGAGAAAACAAAAGACGAGUACCAAUCUUCAGAGGCAACUGGAUCUGGUGCAUCCUUUAGACCAGGAACUUGGCAACCUCCAACUUGAGCUUUCAUUAGAAGGUCUUUCUGAACUUAGAUUACCCACAAGUUAUUUUGAAAGCCAUGAAUGAUAUUUCUUCCCCAAGAAUUUUGAUACAAGUCAUGUGUUCUCAAGUUUCUGGAAAUUUUGAUUCAUUGAUAAAUCUUUGUCUAAAGAAUAUAAUCAAUAAGACAACCUGAUUAUUUAUGCAUUUGAAAUGCGUAUGUUUCUUAUUUCUACCA